CCGGGACUUCUUGACUUCCCCCAAUUUUCACUUAUCAAAGCCCAGAAAAUUCAGUCAUGGCAGAAAAGGAGGCUACAGUCUACAUUAUUGAUGUCGGCAAGUCCAUGGGGGAGCGUCGACAUGGUCGUUCCGUCACGGAUCUUGAGUGGGCCAUGAAGUGGGUUUGGGACAGAAUCACGACUACGGUUGCAACUGGCCGAAAAACCGCUACGGUCGGAGUGGUCGCAUUGCGGUCAGACGAAACCUCGAAUGACCUUCAAGAGGAUACGAGCUUCUCCAAAAUCUCCGUCUUUCAAAACCUUGGGCAGGUACUCAUGCCUGACAUUCGACGGCUGCGAGACGCAAUCAAGCCAAGCCAAACGAACAGAGGCGAUGCUAUCUCUUCCGUGGUCAUUGCCAUUCAAAUGAUCAACACCUAUACCAAGAAGCUCAAGUACAAGCGGAAGAUUGUCUUGGUCACUAAUGGCACUGGACCCAUAAACAACGAGCAGCUCGAUGAGAUCCAAAAAAAGAUUCAAGAUGAUGGCAUUGAAUUUAUUGUCCUUGGAGCUGAUUUCGAUGAUGCGGAGUUCGGCGUGAAGGAAGAGGAUAAGGACAAGCACAAGGCUGCAAAUGAGACGCUACUCCGUGAUUUUGCUGAAGGUUGUGGAGGUGUCUUCGGCACACUCGAGCAAGCUGUCUCCGAGUUGGAAGUUCCUCGCAUCAAAGUCACCAAGAGCAUGCCUUCCUUCAAGGGAUUCCUCUCUCUAGGCGACUCAUCGAAGUAUGAAACUGCGCUACGCAUUCCUAUUGAGCGUUACUUCCGUACCUACGUUGCCAAGGCCCCUUCGGCAAGUUCUUUUGCCUUACGUUCCGGUGGAGGGCAAGGUCAGGAAGAAGCCGAGACUGGUGCGGGUCAAUCAACAAGUGGCGGUGAAGCUCUUACUACUGUCCGAAUGUCUCGGACAUAUCAGAUCAACGAUGAGUCUGCACCCGGUGGCAAAGUCGACGUCGAGCGCGAUGAUCUUGCAAAGGGAUACGAGUAUGGACGAACAGCCGUACACAUCAGUCAAACGGAUGAGAACAUUACCACUUUGGAGACUUUUGCAGGCCUGGAAAUAAUUGGAUUCAUUCAUAUGCACAAGUAUGAUCGAUACCUACACAUGUCCAAUACCAAUGUCAUCAUCCCACAGCGGGCCAAUGAUAAAGCAUCGCUAGCACUAUCAUCUUUAAUUCACAGUAUCUUCGAGCUAAAUUACUACGCUGUUGCCCGGCUGGUUACGAAAGAGGCCAAACCUCCAUCAAUCGUGCUCCUCGCUCCAUCAAUCGAGGCGGAUUACGAGUGUCUCAUCGAAGUCACUCUUCCCUUUGCCGAAGAUGUCCGUUCAUACCGAUUUCCUCCUCUGGACAAGGUCGUGACUGUCUCGGGGAAGAUUGUCACUGAGCACCGCAAUCUACCAAAUGAGGUCUUGCAACAGGCCAUGAGUGAUUAUGUUGACAAAAUGGAAUUGGACGAAGAAGAACUACCCAUCGAUGAAUCUUACUCUCCGCUCCUGCACCGGAUUGAGUCCGCAGUGCGGUACCGCGCUGUGCAUCCCAAUGAUCCCAUUCUCGAACCAUCGGAACAGCUCACUAAAUUUGCGCACCCGGAUAAGCAGUUGGUCAGAAAAGCGAAAGACUCUCUAGAGACACUGAUAUCGGCAGCCAAUGUCAAGAAAGUUCCACCCAAAACCAAAGGCCGUAAACGCCUACGCGAGACCGAGAAACCUCUCUCCGGUCUUGACGUCGAUGCCCUCCUCAAACAAGAACCUAAACGAACCAAGAUCUCUACUGAAAAUGCUAUCCCUGAGUUCAAGCAGAUGCUUUCGCGCGCUGACAACCUCGACAUCAUUCGCGACGCUGUCAAGCAAAUGGCCAGCAUCAUCGAGACGCAGAUCAAGCAUAGCCUCGGUGAUGCGAAUUACGAUCGCGUCGUCGAAGGACUGGGAACUAUGCGUGAGGAGCUGGUGGACUAUGAAGAACCGACCCUUUACAAUGACUUCUUGACCUCAUUGAAGGGGAAGAUCCUUAGCGAGGAGCUUGGUGGUGAUCGCAAGGAGCUGUGGUGGGUGGUCAGGAAGAGUAAGCUAGGGCUUAUUAACCGGACUACAUCGGAGGUGUCAAAUGUCACCGAGGAUGAGGCCAAAGAGUUCUUCUCUGCCACCUGAGAUGCAGGGUGUGAUUCAUAGCUUUCGACUUCAAACUUGCCGUAUUUCUAGCUAGAAUCAUCAUCAGAUGAGAAUCGCACAGUACAUGAUACGACUAUGCUUGAACAAGGUGUAGAUGAUGCUGUUAUCGGUGUAUUGAUCAUGCAAGCAAUCCAAAAAAACAAAUGUUCUAAUAUUCGCCCAUGCUGGGAAUCGGAAAAGUAUCAAGAAAACGCCGAGAUAGAACUAGUACAGUAUGACCCGCGCUGUAAAGCGUGCUCAGCAGAGAAAAAAAAAUGAGCCAAUGCGACUCCAUGCCUGCAAUCUAGGAAAUCUUGCCGAUUCGCUUUUUGCCAACGUCAAUCUUGGCAUUCAGCCUGUUAUUUCACAGUCAGUAAAAUAUCUCCGAAUAAUUAAGGUAUCCGGAUAUAAGACGAACCGAUCGGUAUCCUCGUCCGCCAACUUUAACAGCUCAUUCUGAAUCUCCAAUUCUUCAUGAAUGGCAGUUCCGAGCUCCCUCUGCCGUAUAAUAAUUUUCAUCAACUCCUCCACGCUCUGAUCCUGAUCUCUCAUCGUCUGCUGCUGCAACUGCAGGACACCUUCAUUGUCCAGCUCGCGUGUACGCUCAGUCUCCUUACCGAGGACUCUUCCAGAUCGUGCAGGGGUUCGACGCCCGCCGUUCGCUGAGUCCGCACCGCUGGCUUUGAGUAGUGCCUCCUUAUCUUGGACCGAGGCCACGGCAUGAUCGAGCCGGCUCUUUGCUGCCAUGGCGUGUAACAAGUCUUCCAAUCCGUCUCUUUCCUUGCGUGCGUUGAUGAGUAGGUCCUUACGGCGGCGAAGCUCCCCGUCUCCCAGGCUCAAUAAUUUUGAUGAUUCUUGGGUCCCCCGACUACCGAGAUUCUUCAAGCUUUCUUCCAGAGUGGUGAUCAUCGAUGCUGCCCGGAUGAGACUAGUCUUUGCUUGUGCAGAGCUUUCAUGUUGUUUCUGAGGAGUGGUCUCCUGAUCGCGACGGGAGAGCUGGAGUCGCGCAUCGUGGAGAUGGGAUUUCAUGUCACGGUAGUAAUCAAGCCAGAGCGUUGGGUCGGUAAUUGCAGUGUUAGCCGCUGAACCGGGAUCUGUGAUCGCGGCAUGGAGUCGAGCGGAUGUAUUGGACGUUCCAUUUGAGGUAGAUGUCGCUGCUGCGGUCGGCAGGUUUAGAAAAGCUCGCCAUGCAGACGAAGUACGCCAUCGAGCAUCGGGCGCCUCGUUGAUCGCGCGGAGAUAUGCCUCCAGGCCGCGACGGCGUUCUUCACGGAAGCGGUCAUUGGAGACCGUGUUGGAAAACCAUGAUUUCGAAGGGAGAGGUACGGGUGGCUGGAUAUCGGUCUGGCUAAUCAGAUCGCUGUGGAAAGCUGCAAAGUCGGAGUAGCGCUUGGAUACGGUAAACGAGCGGAGUGGGAGGCGGAGGGUGAUGUGGUAAAGAGUGUGCGGCGGGGAGGUAUGUGAGAGGGUGGUUGUUGGGAUGGAAAUCUCGAUGGUUGGCGCCAUGGCUAGUCUGGCAGCUAUGGCAUCGGUCGUGUGGUCGUUG